ACUCAGUAGUGUUACACCGGAAACGUCACGUCUUGCCUUCAAAGUUAAAGCGCAGAGCGAUCUGUUCGGAACGACAAACUAGUAAAAAAGCUGAAAAUACAUAUUUAUUGAUUAAAAAAACAUUUUCUGCUUAUUGUAACUUUUAGCUAUGUGUCUAUUUGAUAGAUGAAUGCGCUUGGACAAAAGUGUUAAUUUAUAUUGAAGGUACUAACCGGAUAUUUGAAGUUGUUAGCGCUAACUUUCUACCGGUCUAUUUUCUUCGUGCAGGGAUUUAGGAAUGUGGAGACCAGCGGCUACGUCACCCACAAAUCCGCCGGGGGUAACGUCGAUAAAAAAACUUUUCUUUCUAAAGGACUGAAUGCUUGCAGAACAACGGAGAAAGGACGCUCGCCUCGUCUCCAUGGUUACGCGGCGGACGCCUCGUCUCGACGUCUGCGAUUUGAGCUGCCUGCGGGAGGGGGCGGAACCGGAGCGGGAGGACGGGUCUUUGAUUUUCGGGGGAACCAGUCGAAGAUGCCUUUUCAUGACGGAGUGUACUACCCCUACACCAGUGACACCCAUGGGACCCAUUCAUCUGCGGGGAUCCCCUCCCUCCUGAACUCCCCCCUCAGCCAGCCCUCGGCACCAGGCAUGACUCCAUCCAGCGGCGUCUCCUCCAUCCUCCCCUUCAAGUUCCGCCCGCGCAGGGAGAGCGUGGACUGGCGGCGCAUCAACGCGGUGGACAUCGACUCGGUGGUGAGCCAGCUGGAUGUGGACGCCCUGCAGGAGCACGUCAGCACGGUGACCUUCUGCAGCUUGGACGGCGAGCGCUGCCAGCGCUGCCAGAGCCCCGUGGACCCGGCUCUGAUCAAGCUCCUGCAGCUGGCCCAGCUCACCGUGGAGUGGCUCCUGCACUGUCAGGACUUCCUGAGCCUGAGUCUGCGGGCGGCCGAGGAGAGGAUGGCGGCGGCCGGCAGGGAGCGAGAGGAGCUCCUGGAUCAGAUGAGAAAACAGGAGGAGAAGCUGAAGAAUCUAACCGCCGAGCUCAAGCAGCGGAAGAAGGUCAUCCGAGCCCAGCAGUCGCUUCUCACGCCGCGAAUCAUCAGCAGCCACAAGUGCGCUCAUUGCGAUAAAAGCUUCCUCAACUCCGCCUUCCUCACAAACCACAUGCAGCGUCGACACCCAGACGAGCUCUCUGCACAGCUGCAGUCGGACAAGAAAUCCCAGAUUGAGAGUCUGAAGCUGGAGAUCGGCGCCCUGAAGGAGCAGAUCGCUCAGCAGCAGGAGGCGCUGGCGGCCAAAAUCGUUCAGGAAAAAGAGCAGGAGUCCGUUCACAAAGACCUGCUGAGGGAGCUGGGCCGCAUGGACAGGAAGAUCGAGGACAGCCGGGACGGCAUCCGCCGGGAGAUGGAGCUUCUCUACAGCCGAAAUAUUCAAGCUCUCAACGAGGCCAACCAGAACCAGAGUAAGCAGGAGAAGCAGGCCAGCCCUGAGAACCCACCGCCGGAGAGAGACGUGGACGCGUUCAGGGAUAUCCAUCUGCAGCAGAUGAAGAAGAAGGAGAAGAAAUGGCAAUCCAGGCUGCAGGAAAUGCAGGCUCAGCACGCUUCGGAGAAGAACCAGCUGCAGGACGAGCUGUCGUCCAUGUCAGAGAAGCUGGAGACCAGCCAGAGGGAGCAGCAGGGGAUGAAGAGGAGGCUGCAGGAGCAGGAGCAGACCAUCCAGGCUCAGGGAGAGCAGAUUAAGAUUAUUUCCUCAAUUCUGCCGACCAAAGUCAAGGAAGUGCCAGUUAACCGCAGUCCACCAGCAGCAGAACCCAAACCAAAGCACGUUGUUCUCGAGGAGCCAGUCUCUACUCUAACGCUGGAUCCCAUACAGGAGUUAUCAGAGGAGGAUAAAGCGGACUCCAGCCUCUCCGAGCCUGAACCCGCAGCGGAGAGGAAACCCAAAGCAGCGCUGAAAGUGGGCGCCAGCGUCAAGAGAGACACGCGCCUCGAGCUGGAGCGGAGCGUGGCCAAGAAGCUGGAGAGCCUGGGGGUGAAGGCUAAGCUGAGCAGCCUGAAGAGCAAGGAGCUCACGUCUGUCAUGUCCAAAGUGCGCGCGAAGCGGGAGAUGACUGCAAAGAAGAUGCCUGAGUAUUGGCGCCACCAUGAGGAGAUCCUCAGAAUUGUGGAGAAGAAGCUGGGCGUUAGGAGUGGAGGCAGAGAUUUGACCGCAAAGACCAGAUCCAAACAGCCUGUUCAAGUGGUGAAGAUCCGGCCCAGAUCCAGCAGCCUGCCCUCCACAGCCAGACAGCCCCGAACUCCCCAACCAGCACCCAGAACCAGAACCAGCACCCAGCCUAAGACGUCCACACCCAACCCCAAGGCUCCACGCGUCAUCAAGAGCCAUCCCUUCAGUUCGGAUGAGUCCGAGGAGGAAGACAUGGAGGAAGAGGACGCUUCCAAACCCCCGACCAGCAGAUCUCAUCCGCCCACCAGAGCGGGCAGAUUUGCUCCGGUCCUGACCCGGCAGGAAGAGGUGGGGCUUUUUUCCAAACCCCGACCUCGGCAGGCCCGGCCAGCCGCCGACGCCGUCACCAGGGCCGACAUCGAAGACACGGAGAGCGAGGAAGAGGAGGAGGAUCUGACGGAGGUCAGCGAGGUGCAGGAGAUCACACUAGGAACGCUGCAGGGCUACAGGGACCAGAGCAGCAAGAGAAACCAGAAGGAGACGUCGAUCAAUGAGAUGGCCAGAAAGAUCGAGAAGUUUGCAGAGAGGGUUGUGAAGAAACCAGCAGGGGGCGUGAGCGUCCUGCCUACGAGAAAGGACGAGGUCGAGGAGAUCUCACUCACCGACCUGGAAGGGGGCAGCGACUGGGUGAUCUCCAAACCAGCAUCCCUUCACGGUUCUGGACCCACAAGGAGGAGCAUGGACUCCCCCAGCACCAGCGUAUGGGGAACCUCCACCGGGAAGGGCCCCAAAUCAGAUCUGACCGACGCUGGAACAGGAAGCACCCUGAAGAGCAGCAUCUGCUCCGUCAGUGACCUCAGCGACUCGGACGACUUCAGCAAUAAGCACGACUGAACAAAACCAGCCCCUCCCUCCGUCCGUCCGUCCUCACCCAACGCCAAAAAGACUGAUAUGUGAAAGAAUUCAAGCAAUACAAAAGAUUUCAUCUGUUCAGGGUUCAAAAAUGGUUCCAAUAAAUCAAAAAAAUCUAUCAAAUAGUAAUUUACAUUUAGAUUAAUUGAUUUGUAGUGCCAAUUUUUGCAUUUUUUUAAUUGUUCAUUUGGUAGUCUUAACGCUCCAACUAUGGCACUGUAUUUUUGUAUUUUGUUUGUGUAAAACUUUGUACAUCAAAUUAAUAUCGUUUUUAUUUUGCUCUGUAUGAUAAUAUUUAUGCAGAUAAUAAACCAAUUGUUGAAAUAAAA